AUAUAUAGUUGGGUAGUACUAGUACUAGCAGUAGUUAAAUCGAAAUGGGAGAGGCCCGCAUGCAGUAGUGAUUGAUUAAAGGUGAUUUCAGAUUUGGGAGUCAAAUUAGUGUGAUUUUCUUCAUAUUAGAGAGAGUGAUCACAAAGAGAGAGAUCUAGCUAACUAGGCUGGAGAGCAUGGAGAGUUUUGUUGGAGAAAAUUUGGAGAGGGAAGCGGAAAAGUUGAGAGAAACGUUUAGAAGUGGGAAGACAAAGUGUGUAAACUGGAGGCGGACUCAACUGAAGGCAAUACUCACUCUACUGCGUGAGAAAGAAGAAGAGAUCUUCAUGGCUCUUUAUAAAGACCUGGGGAAACAUCGUUGUGAAGCUUAUAGAGAUGAGAUAGGAGUUUUGGAAAAGACUCUAAAGGUUGCAUUGGCGAGUUUGGACGAAUGGGUAGCCACCAAAAAGGCAAAACUACCUUUGGCAGCAUUUCCUACGAUAGGAGAAAUUAAGCCAGAGCCACUGGGUCUUGUUCUCAUAUUCUCCUCUUGGAAUUUUCCUUUCGGUCUCGCAUUGCAACCACUGAUAGGCGCAGUAGCUGCUGGAAACACUGUUAUUCUGAAACCUUCAGAGUUAGCUCCUGCUUGUUCUUCCGUUCUUGCAGACAUAAUCCCAAUGUAUUUAGAUUACGAAGCUUUAAAAGUUGUCGAAGGCGGAGCCAUGAUCGCAGAAAGACUAUUGGAAAUGAAAUGGGAUAAGAUCUUCUUCACAGGGAGUCCACGAGUGGGGAGUAUUGUCAUGUCUGCAGCUGCGAAGCACCUAACGCCUGUUACUUUAGAAUUAGGAGGAAAAUGUCCUGCUGUCAUUGAUUCUCUAGCGAGCACUUGGGACAGAAAGACUGCUACAAAGAGAAUAAUUGCCGGAAAAUAUGGAGCAUGUGGUGGUCAGGCUUGUAUAGGAAUCGAUUAUAUUCUUGUUCUUGAGGAGUUCGCGCCUGUAUUGAUUGAAUUAUUGAAAAUCUGGAUCAAGAGAAUAUAUGCUGAAAACCCAAGAGAAUCAAUGACAAGGAUUCUCAACAAAAAUUGCUUCUUAAGAUUGAAGAAGAUUCUUAGUGACCCUGCAGUCGGUGACUCUAUCAUUCAUGGAGGUUCUUUGGACGAAGAUAAUCUGUAUAUUGAGCCGACAAUCUUGCUGAAUCCCCCGCUUGAAGCCGAGAUUAUGACGGAUGAGAUCUUUGGUCCAAUACUUCCAAUAAUCACAUUAAAGAAGAUAGAGGAUAGUAUUGAGUUCAUAAACUCAAGGCCCAAACCUCUUGCUUUAUAUGUUUUCACCAACAAUGAGACACUAAAGACACGAAUGAUAAACGAGACGUCAUCGGGAAGCUUAACGUUCAAUGAUGCUGUUAUUCAAUACACAUGUGAAACAAUUCCAUUUGGAGGCGUUGGUCAAAGUGGCUUUGGAAGGUACCACGGGAAGUUUUCUUUCGAUACAUUUAGCCAUGAGAAGGGGAUACUGAAAAGAAGUUUCUUAACUGAAUUUUGGUUUAGGUUCCCUCCAUGGACUGCCAAUAAGUUGCAGCUACUUAGAUUGGCUUAUGACUUGGACUAUUUCGGUAUAGUACUCAAUGUGUUGGGCUUAAAGAGAUCUUAAAUUCUUAAUCGACCAGAUGAACCAUUUGUGUCGUGCUUUAUUUAUGUCAUACAUAAGAAACUGUAUGCGGAAAAUGGGUUAUAUGCUCUUAUAGGCCACUAAAAUGUGGUUUAUAACGGACAUAUAAAACUGACAUUAAAAGAUUUAGUCAAUUAUGUCCUUUACUUUUUACUUUAUUUUUUAUCUCUUUCUGGUUUAAAAUGGUUUUUCCUAUUUUCCAUCCCCAAUUAUCAUAUGUACCACCUAAAAUGAAUGUUCAUUUUUCCUUGCAA